UAACUUUGCUUGUCAGGCACUAGACGUACCGUCUUUGACUGCGACUAUUGCUACAUUGGCUUGCCUGACAGUCAAAAAUCCGCUAACUGUAAACCCCCGUACAUGUGCAUGAGGCGACUCUUCCAACAGUCCCACUGGAAAACUCCUAAAACAAAUACCUACUAAAGUUGUCUGGAAAGUCAAACAUGAGCAGCAUGCUGGAAGCCCAGGCAGACCGAUGCGUGGAGCUGAAAGAUUGGGAGCAACGCUGGCAGGAAGACAAAACUGGCUUUCACCAGGCCCAUAUACACAAGAUGCUUGAGGGUAACAUUGACAAAGUGCUGCACGGACGGACUGGAGUCCGCUUCUUUUUCCCUCUCUGUGGAAAAGCUGUAGACAUGAAGUGGCUGGCAGACAUGGGACAUUCUGUGGUCGGAGUGGAGAUUUCUGAAAAAGCCAUUAAGCAGUUUUUUGAGGAGAGCAACUUAACUUACAGCGAGGAGCCUGUCCCUGCUAUACCUGGAGCAAAGGUCUACAAGAGCUUAGAGAAAAACAUCUCUUUGUAUAACUGUGACCUUUACAACUUCUCCAGUUCGAUUGAGGGAAAGUUCGGAGCCAUGUGGGACAGGGGAUCUUUUGUGGCCAUCAACCCAAGAGACAGAGAAAAAUACUCUGCUCUCAUCAUUUCUUUGAUGGCCGACGACUGCAGAUACCUUUUGUCCACGCUGAUGUACAAUCCCAAACUUUAUAAAGGUCCCCCCUUUGUUGUGCCUGGUGAGCAAGUACAGUCCCUGUUUGAAAAAAAGUGCAACGUAGAGCAGCUUCUUUCAGAGGACGUCACAGGGGACAGACAUCGCGCUUCUGGCAUCGACUCCAUGAUCGAGCAGCUGUACCUCAUCACUCUAAAGAUCAGUGAAAAGUAGCCUUUGUCAACUCAAUACAUCUUAUUUUAGUGGUAGAUAAUACAGAAUAGGGCAAUCUUAAAUGAACACAGUGGAUUUCAUCUAUACAAUUAAAUCAUUUGCCACAA